AUGGCCGAGACGAGCUCCAUGAUCAAGGUCGCGCCCGCGGCGCCGGAGCGGGCCGUCGCGCGGCGGCCGAGCUUCACGCUCCUCGCGUCCGAGGACCUGAGCCCGCUCGUGCUCCGGACGGCGUUCGUGCUCGCGGCGUGCGCGGGAUGCACGAACGCCGCGGCCAUGCUCGGGGCCUUUUCGGCGCCGGGCAUCGGGGCGACGGGCGUGACCCACGUGACGGGGAGCCUGACGAAGAUGGGCAUGGUCGUCGCGGACCACGACCGCGCGCACUCCGCGCCCGCGCUCGCCAUUUUAGGCUACGUCUCCGGCGCCGCCGCCGCGGGCGCGUCCGCGCCCCCGGGGCUGCUGGACCUGGACCGCCUGCGCGACUACGCGGCGAUCCUCUUCGCGACGGCGCUGCUCCUGGCGGGCGCCGCGGGGCUCCAGGAGCUGGACCACGGCCACGGCUUCGGGUUCCUGCCGGUCGUCGCCGCCGCGGCCGCGUGCGGCGCGCAGAACGGCCUGGCCACGGCGGCGACGUCGUCCAUCGUGCGCACGACGCACAUGACGGGCAUGGCCACGGACGUCGGCCUCAUCCUCGGCCGCGCCGCGGGCCGCCUGCGCCGCGGCGACCGCGGGCCCGACGGCGCGCGGCCGGGCUUGACGGGGCCCGAGCUCUGCCGCCUGGGCCUCUACGGCCGCCUGGCCCUGGGCUUCGUCGGCGGCGCCGCCGUGGGCUCCGCCCUCGUCGACAAGCUCGAGCUCAAAUACGCGCGCGCGCUCUACGCGCCCGCGGCCGUCGUCCUCGCCGUCGCCGCGGCGGCCGCGGCCAUGGGCGGCGGCCGCGCGGCCGCGGGCGGCGACGUCGAACUGCCGGCGCGGACGGCCGACGCCGCCAUCGAGGAGGCCGGCGAGCAGAAGUCGGAGCAGGUCUAG